GCGGGUAGCAGUCGAUUCCCACCAGCUUUGGCCUGUGCCACGACUCCUACAGACUGACGGCCCUGGAUAUAUCGGGCAGGCGGUGAGUGCGGUGAGGGUAUCAACAGUUUCUCCGGGAGGCGGGCUAAAGGGGGCUGCCAAGCGGCACCAUGCCGGAUCCGGCUAGGGUGGCUACUCUUCAGCGCCUCAGGACGCAGCGCUGCUCAACCGGCGGCCGUCCGAUGGAGUGCGAGCGUUGGUUCGUUGCCGACCGAAGUAGUAGUACGUCGUUGUCGUUGUCUCCAGCAAUCCUGGCCGCGUACUCCGUAGGACGGUACCUAUUCUGCCUCUUCCCUAUUCCUUGCCUCAAUUGUUGGCUUGGACUAUCUGUCCUUCCGAUCCUCUUUCACUGAGUCCCUGACUUUGUCGCCUACUCUUCCCAUUGCUUUGCCUCGUUCCACUCGACCCGGUUCGCCCCUUCUGCCAUCCUCGGUCCCCGU